CAUGUGUCUGCUCCCCGCCGCAUGCAGCAGGCGCGCCGCGCGGUGAUAAAUUGGUUUAAUUUCAUUCCUCGAAAUCGGAUCGAAUAAUCCGUCGACUGUUCUGGAGAGUGGAUUAUUCCGUUGCCCGCGGCAGCCAUGGCGUUCUUCGAGGAGACGGAGUCGUACUACGUCCCCCACCUCCGCGCCCACCUACACCAAUUCGCAGCGUCGGUCUCCGCGGCGAGCUGCGAGGAGGGGGCGGGCGACGACGAGGAGUGCCGCGACGAGGCUGCCGCGCUAAGGCUCAAGAUGGUGGCCGUCGCCGCCAUCCUCAUCGCCGGCGCGGUCGGCGUCGCCAUCCCGCUCGUCGGCCGGAGGCGGCGCGGCGGCGGCGGCGGCGGCGAGGGCGGGUCCUCCGGCGGCGGGACGUUCGUGCUCGCCAAGGCGUUCGCGGCGGGGGUCAUCCUCGCCACGGGGUUCGUGCACAUGAUGCACGACGCCGAGGAGAAGUUCGCCGACCCGUGCCUCCCGGCCAUGCCGUGGCGCCGGUUCCCCUUCCCGGGCUUCAUCGCCAUGCUCGCCGCGCUGGGCACGCUCGUCAUGGAGUUCGUCGGCACCCGCUUCUACGAGCGCAGGCACGGCGAGGAGGCCGCUGCCGCCGCGGCCACAGCCGCGCGUGACGACACCACGGCGCUGCUCGAGGACGGCGCGCUCGCAGGGAUGGCUGCCGCCGCGAUGAGCAGCGACGACGAGAAGCAGGACGCCAUGCACAUCGUGGGCAUGCGCGCGCACGCGGCGGCGCACCAGCACAGCCAUGCGCAUGGCCAUGACGCGUGCGAUGGUGGAGCCGUGUACGACGCCCAUGCACACGCCCACGCCCAGGGCCAUGGCCAUGACCAUGGGCAUGGCAGCGAGGAGAGGCCGUCCCAAGCUCAUCAUGUGGUUGUCUCGCAGAUUCUGGAGAUGGGGAUUGUAUCUCAUUCGGUGAUCAUCGGGCUAUCCUUGGGCGUUUCGCAAAGCCCAUGUACCAUUAAACCUCUUGUUGCCGCCCUCUCCUUCCACCAGUUCUUCGAGGGUUUUGCCUUGGGUGGCUGCAUUUCUGAGGCGCAGUUCAAGAAUUUCUCUGCACUCCUGAUGGCUUUCUUCUUUGCUAUCACAACACCUGCUGGGAUCACCGUGGGGGCGGGGAUCGCGUCGUUCUACAACGCCAACAGCCCCAGGGCAUUGGUGGUGGAAGGCAUUCUGGAUUCAAUGUCAUCUGGUAUACUGAUCUAUAUGGCAUUAGUGGAUCUCAUUGCUGCUGAUUUCCUGAGCCGGAGGAUGAGCUGCAAUCCGAGGCUGCAAGUGUGCUCAUACGUUGCCUUGUUUGUCGGGGCUAUUGCCAUGUCAUCACUGGCUAUCUGGGCUUAGUGCCAGUGAGGAUUAUUGAAGCUUGGGACAGGCUGCUUGGCGAUCAAUGCACUACGACUUGUUGCCUAGCUACCAGUAACUGAGUAAGAUGGGAGGCUUUUCCUUUCGCUGUCCAUUCUUUUGUUUGUUCUUCCAUGGUGCUGGGCCGUGUAACGUCCUCUUUUGCUCAUAGAAAAGGAAGUCCCUCUUUGGGGUACAUUGUGGUGGUACAGAAUUGGGACAAGUUAGUUAGGGAAUAAAGAGUUUACGAGUCCCACCAGUCUUUGCAGAUGUACAGUUCAUCCUCGGUGUUAGAUAAGAGGCCUUGUCUGUUCUCAAGUAUAAUCUUGCACAUACAUCAAUGUGGAUCUUCUGAAACUCGCUUCAACUGUUCGAAUACAAUCGCAGGUGCUGUUUGAAAUUAGGAUGGUUAUGAACUCACGCCUGACUCUUUUGCCGCACCUGUUAGCACUAUUUUGGUUGUAUAUAUGGAAUAAAGGUUACUGAUC